AGAGAGAGAGAGAGAGAGAGAGAGAGAGAGAGAGAGAGAGAGAGAGAGAGAGAUCCUGAGCUGUGGAAGUAAACACUGAAUGAGUGAAAGGGGGGAAGCACCGCCCCCGCCGCUCUGUGAUUAGAGGAGCUGCUCCGGGGCGGGGGGUGUCUCCUGCCGGUUCCUAUAUAUCAACACGGUUUUCAACGGAGAGCAUGAGAUUGUAUGAGAACUAGAACUGAACCCGGACCAGCUGCGUGUUGGGAGGCAAAACCAAAACAAAAACCRAAGCGGCUGGUGUGCGCACGGAUCGGGUUGUUUGUGUCUGCAGAUACUGGACGGAGCCAUCUUGCCUCCUUCCUUCUCCUCCUCCUCCUCCUCCUGGCACGCUGAACUCCGUGCAGGAUCCCGAGGCGGGCAGAGAUGACGGGUUCGGAGCGCAGCCUGAACCUCUAACCGGACCGGGUUAGCGCCGCCGAGACGAGACCACCACCACCAUGGACCCGGUCGRGUUCUACCUGCUCCUCUCGCUCGCCCUCCUCCCCCGAUCCAGUUGCACCACGGCCAAGGAGAUCACCUGCCAGGAAAUAGCCGUGCCCCUGUGCAAGGGGGUCGGCUACAACUACACCUACAUGCCGAACCAGUUCAACCACGACACGCAGGACGAGGCGGGACUGGAGGUGCACCAGUUCUGGCCUCUGGUGGAGAUCCAGUGCUCGCCGGACCUGAAGUUCUUCCUGUGCAGCAUGUACACCCCGAUCUGCCUGGAGGACUACAAGAAGCCGCUGCCGCCGUGCCGGAGCGUGUGCGAGAGAGCCCGGGCCGGCUGCGCGCCCCUCAUGAGGCAGUACGGCUUCCCCUGGCCGGACCGGAUGAGGUGCGACCUUCUGCCGGUGCAGGGCACCCCGGACACCCUGUGCAUGGACUACAACAGGACGGAGUCCACCACCGCGUCCCCCCUGCUCUCCAAACCCACCAACCACCCGAAAGGCGGCGGCGGCGCUAAGAAUAAACCGGGACGCGCCGGCGCCCCCGGGAAACCCAAGCCCCCCGCGGCGCCAUGCGAGCCGGGCUGCAGGUGUCUGGAGCCCAUGGUCCCGGURAACACGGACCGGCACCCGCUUUACAACCGGGUCAAGACGGGACAGAUCACCAACUGCGCCAUGCCGUGCCACAACCCGUACUUUACGCACGACGAGCGCGCGUUCACGGCGUUCUGGAUCGGACUGUGGUCCGUGCUGUGCUUCGUGUCCACCUUCGCCACCGUGGCCACCUUCCUCAUCGACAUGGAGCGCUUCAAGUACCCGGAGCGACCCAUCAUCUUCCUGUCAGCCUGCUACAUGUUCGUCUCCAGCGGGUACAUCGUCAGGCUGAUCGCCGGCCACGAGAAGGUGGCGUGCAACCGGGACCUGGACCUGGAGCACAUCCACUACGAGACCACCGGACCCGCGCUGUGCACCGUGGUCUUCCUCCUCAUCUACUUCUUCGGCAUGGCCAGCUCCAUCUGGUGGGUCAUCCUGUCCCUCACCUGGUUCCUGGCCGCCGGGAUGAAGUGGGGCAACGAGGCCAUCGCCAGCUACUCGCAGUACUUCCACCUGGCCGCGUGGCUCAUCCCCAGCAUGAAGUCCAUCGCGGUGCUCGCGCUCAGCUCCGUGGACGGGGACUCGGUGGCCGGGAUCUGCUACGUGGGCAACCAGAACCUGGACAACCUGCGGGGCUUCGUGCUGGCCCCGCUGGUCAUCUACCUCUUCAUCGGCACCAUCUUCCUUCUGGCCGGCUUCGUGUCCCUGUUCCGGAUCCGCAGCGUGAUCAAGCAGGGCGGCACCAAGACGGACAAGCUGGAGAAGCUGAUGAUCCGGAUCGGGAUCUUCACGGUGCUGUACACGGUGCCGGCCACCGUCAUCGUGGCGUGCUACUUCUACGAGCAGCACAACCGGCCGCGYUGGGAGCUGACGCACGUCUGCUCCGGCUGCCUGCUGGAGCGGGACCGCCGCAGUCCGGACUACGCGGUCUUCAUGCUGAAGUACUUCAUGUGCCUUCUGGUGGGCAUCACGUCCGGCGUGUGGAUCUGGUCCGGCAAGACCGUGGACUCGUGGAGGACUUUCUGCACGCGGUGCUGCUGGGGGAGCAAAGGCACCGGCGGCUCCAUGUACAGCGACGUGAGCACCGGGCUGACGUGGAGGUCGGGCACGGCCAGCUCCGUGUCCUGCCCCAAACAGAUGCCACUGUCCCAGGUCUGAGUGGGGGGCGASGGGGGUGCAGAUUGUUAAGGAGGUUACCCCCCUCCCCUCCCCCUCAUGCAUCAGUGGUACAAACUGGGCAUUAUGGAUGUUGUGGGCACAGACAGCUCUGCUUCCAGCCUCACAUAAUAAGCAUUUUAUKACCAUGUUUUAUGUGGCAAAUAACCUUUGUGUUCAAUCCCUCACAGCAAAGGGUGAGUUCAAUUACAAUGGGAGUUCAGAAAUUAUAAAGUUGGGUUCUGUGACGUGGUUAUGAGCAGUCACUAUCUUACCUGCUGUAGAUGGCUUUUUUAAACGCUCUCAUUUGGCAGAACUGAGAAUUUCGGUGAGACUGGAUCGAUGAGCUGAUGGCUUAAUUAGGUUUUCACCCCAAAAAUUUGAACGUAAACAAAAAUCYGCACCGUUUUUACUCCUCAUAUUGACGGAUUAUGUGCUCUUAAGAUAAAAAGUUUGUAAACAAUAUUUGGGAAUGAGCCACAUGUUUGUUUUCCUAGAAAGAGACAAAGUGGGUUAAAAUGUGUCCUUCUAGGAAAAAGAAAAAAAUUGUAUAGAUCUUCUGGACGGGUUCUUCUCUAAUGAAACGUUUCGUCUCUCCUCCAAGAGAC